UUGACGGACUAGAAAAACAGUGGCACCAAGGCGUCCACAUCUUUCUCAUUCCCUGGCUUUAUUACUGCAAAUAGCAAGACAAGCUCUCUGCGAUGGAAGACCAGGCGCUGGACGUGGAGGUGGGGGCCCUGGAGGAGGACGUCAGCUUCUUCACGGACAUAGACGAGUUACAGUCACACGGGAUCAACGCUGCUGACAUCAAGAAGUUGAAAACUGCUGGAAUUUGCACUGUCCGCGGAGUCCAGAUGACGACUCGACGCAAGAUGUGCACUAUCAAGGGAUUAUCUGAAGCUAAAGUAGAUAAGAUAAAGGAGGUAGCAGCCAAGCUGAGUGGUGGAGACGGGUUCGUGACAGCUCUAGUGGUGUGUGAACGCCGUCGACACAUCUUUCGGGUGAGCACCGGGUCCGCGGAGCUUGACUCCCUGCUGGGGGGCGGCAUAGAGAGUAUGGCCAUCACCGAGGUCUUCGGGGAGUUCCGCACCGGCAAGACCCAACUUUCACACACACUUUGUGUCACUGCGCAGAUUCCCAAUGAAGCCGGAACUUACACUGGAGGCAAGGUGAUCUUCAUUGAUACGGAAAACACUUUUCGACCCGACCGUCUACGUGCUAUCGCUGAUCGCUUCAACCUGGAGCAAGAAGCCGUAUUGGAUAACGUGCUGUAUACUCGAGCGUUCACAUCUGAGCAUCAGUUUGACAUUCUUGACCACGUGGCUGCACAGUUCCACGAGGAGCCAGGCAUAUUCAAGUUGCUGAUCGUAGACUCAAUAAUGGCAUUGUUCAGAGUGGAUUUCAGUGGACGGGGUGAGCUAGCUGAUAGGCAACAAAGGCUUGCACAGUACUUGUCCCGGCUCCAAAAAAUCAGUGAGGAAUACAACGUCUCAGUUUUUAUUACAAAUCAAAUGACUGCUGACCCAGGUGCCACAAUGUCUUUCCAAGCUGAUCCCAAAAAACCCAUCGGUGGCCACAUCUUGGCUCACGCCUCCACUACCCGCGUGUCGUUACGUAAAGGACGGGGAGAAACGCGCAUCGCCAAAAUUUAUGACAGUCCAGAGCUACCCGAAAACGAAGCCACCUUUGCUAUCACUGCAGGAGGAAUUGCAGAUGCAAAGGAAUGAAAGAGAGCAUGCAGAUCAGUGGAGUUGGAGGACAACAAAUUAAAUUGUACAUUUAUAAAUUUCCAAGUGGGAAAGCAACAAAUAUGGCAAUUGUACUGUAUAAGACUUAUUUGCAGAUGAUUUUUUGUUUCAAUUUAAUUUUCAAUUUAAACAUACUUUAAUCUUUUUAUGGAAUAAUUCAUUUAUUAAAAUCAAUAAACAUAUU